UUUUGAUUUUUCAGUGGGCUCUCUUCUUCUUUACGAUGAUAUGGCAGCUUCAAGUGGGAGUUCUUCUUUUACAUUGGAUAUGGAUCAAUUGGAACAACAUCGAAUUCAAGACCAAGUUGCACUUAUUGAUGAGACUGAUACCUAUCAUCGUUCUCGUUAUAGCGCAAUGGAAGGUAUAGAAAGUAGUAUUGCUGAAUUGGGCACUAUAUUUCGACAAUUAGCUUCUCUCGUCUCUGAACAAGGCGAAAUGAUUACUCGAAUUGACUCUAAUGUUGAAGAUACAGCUUUAAAUGUUGAAGCUGCCCAUUAUGAAUUGCUCAAAUAUUUCAAUAAUAUUUCCCGUAACCGAUGGCUUAUUUUAAAAGUUUUCGGCGUUUUGAUGGCAUUUUUUAUUUUCUUUGUGAUUUUUAUGACAUAAUACAUUUAAGGGUUCAGUUUAAUAUUAAGUGAGUAUUGACUCUUUGGGGGGUUUUCUCUCUAUUAUAAACACAUCUUCGAAAUUCUAUUCUCUUUUGUCUGAAUAUAGAGCGAAACAUUGUAUAAUAAUUAUUAUAUAUCCUUUAUUUUUCGAGUUUUUUAAAUCUUUAACUAGGUGUCGACAGAUUUUGACUAUAUUGCUUUCUUUUUCUUGC